AGUAUAAAUGUUCACCAUAGCUUCCAGAACUGGCCACACGAACACUGCAAGGUAGAAACUAAACAAUAAUAAUGCUGCAGACGACACUUGUGUUUGGUGUUGCCUAUUGCCUAUUUUACAUGCAGCAUGUGGAGGCAUCAUGUGGCUUUUAUGGUGGUGUAGGGAUUCGUCCGGGAGAGCGACCUAUAACAACGUGUAAAUAUCGUGGAUGGGAAAUAAGUAUAAAUUCAACCUUCAGAUCACCAGCACCGUACUGUGAAGAAUGUACUUGUGGAGAUGGUGGCGGUAUGGCUUGCUGUGGGUAUGGAUGGAAAGCAGGCCCUAUUGGAAUCCAAGGAUGUGUAAGAAUCAUUGACUACAGUACUUGUGAUUCCUUAUUUUUUGAUGAAAAUGACACAUCAAGACCGUGUCCUGGUAUGCCAAGAAUACCAGCAAGCUCAAUUUCAUUUCCCUAGUUUCGGAGAAAAAUGACAUUGCUUUCUUCACUAAUGGCCAUGUUUCUACUCAAGUUCACUAACUAUAUAGUUUAUUGUUACUAUCUGUUCAUUUAAAUGCAAAUAUAAAACGCUUUUCUUUA